UGGCGAGGGUUCACUGACAGCUGUCAAAUAACAACACACUUUGUAUUGUACUUAUCACCACCAUCAGCAUGAUGUCAGUGCCGAUAACACCUGAAUUAACAUUUCCAAAGUGCUACACAAACUUCAACAAUCAGAAAAAGUCAGCGAAGACAAUGUCACUCCAGUAAACAUCCAAGACAUGCGGAUGUUCAGGUUACACGAGCCUGAGCACAUGCUACAAUAGUUAGAAAAAGGAAUAUUGAUUACGUAGAUAAAUACAAAUUGAUGAUGGAUUCACCUAGGAAGCCACAGCAUCUCAAGGUGCUGCUAGUCAGUGUUCUAAUAGUGUUGAUCUCCAUAUCAUUAUUCUCCCUGUGGAAGAACAUGUUGUGGCUCUACUGUUACAUAUUGUUAUCGAUAUCCUGUUGUUGCAUCGGUCCUCUGGUACUUAUUCUUGUUCAUAUUGCUCUGUCCCCUGAGCAUCAAACUGGUGCUGGAACGUCCAAAACUAUUGUUGAGAUGGAUACGUUUAGGACGAUGUUGAUGAAAGGAUACGAGCCAAUGUUAUCCUCCAGCCGUCGUCCAAACAAAUACCCAGUAAUGUUCUCAAGACCAGUGGACGGUUCCCUCCAAAACCUCCUAGACCUAGCAUUCCGUGAUUUCGUCGGUUGUUGGCUAGACGACCUCGCCUUCUGCCCCGACCAGACCAUCGACAGCAUGAAGCAAGACAUUUGGGGUGCUAUUCAAAGCCUCCACGAGCGUCUCUCCCGCGUCGACCACACAAAACUCGUGGCUUGCAGUAUCGUAAACAAAGUGGCCUUCCACUUCGAGAAGAUCAGAAUAGCCCAGGCAGCUGCAAGCGAGGGUGAAGACCCAGUCUUCAUUCUCUCGUCCCACCUGAUGUCCAAGACCUCUGAGCUCGAGUACCUGCGACGUGUGAGUGAACUCCUCAUAAUGUUUUUUCUCCCGAGGAGUUACUCCCUGUCUCCCGCCAAAUACCUCUUGCGCGAGAUAAUCACCAGUAAAAUCAUCAAGCCUGCCAUAGACCUGAUAACAGAUCCAGACUACAUAAAUCAAAAAAUUUUACUGUACAUCGAGCAACAGCAACAGGCUGAAGCCAUGCACAGGAAGACUUACGAGUACGCCGAGUCCUUCGAGGAUUUUAUAAGAAUGAUCAAGAGUUCGAGAGAUCUAGAGGUCCUGAAACACAUUCGCUACAACAUUGUCACCGAGAUUAUGCAGGCAACGACGAUACAGAACGUCAAGAGGUCCCAGGGGCUCGACCCAGAGAGCAACACUUUCGGUAAAUCUGACGCUGUGCAGGCGAAGAAACUCAAACGCUACAUAAGCCAGUUGACUUACGCUAAGAACACCUGUGAAGUUCACAUGCAGAGUCUAGGUUGGGACGGCUAUCGAGUGCAGGAGGCUGACGAGGUGGAUCCAACUGUGAGAACAGAAGGCAGAGUCCUCCCUCUCCAGAUAAUUCUGGACAAUGUGACAGGUCGCAGACACUUGUCAGCGUUCCUUGAGCAAGUGGCCAGUCAGGGCCUCCUGGGGUAUUGGGCGGCAGUUCAAGAGCUCAGGAGUGCUGAGAGGUCCAACUGGCACCAGCUGGGCGCCGAGAUCUUCUACACGUACAUAAGAUCCCCAACUGCGGAGAUCAAAGUCGACAAGAAUGUGAAGAAACGGAUGGAGGCUUUCCUCCUAGGUGACAAGGGUCCUGAUGUCUUCUACGAGGUGCAGGAGGACGUUGUGAGGACCCUCGAGGAGAAGUAUUAUCCAUCCUUUCUGGUCAGCGAGCAGUACAAAAAGAUGCAGGAGGCAUUGUUGAGUGAACGGGCUGAUGGAAUGGCCGGGGAAGAUCGUAUUCAAACAGCAGAGGGCACUAUGCUGGAGACAACAUCACUUCUGGUCGGUGAACACUCGAAUUACGCUCGCAGUAAACUCGAUCAAUUGCAGGAGAAAUUGAGCAACAAGAUGCAAGCCCUUCAGGCACUGAAGUCAUCCCUUAAACCAGAGAGCCGAGUAUUGAGUAUUCUUGCUAAAGAAGUCGAGUGGCUGCAGGGGGAGAAACGACAGUUAGAGACACACUUGACGCAAACGGAAAUGUGGGCGGAACAUUUGGGAAAGUGGAGGGCUGAUGUUCAGAGUGCAGAAACCCCGGAUAAUGGAGAUCCACCGCAAUUUAUUAUUGUCGUACACAUGGCGCAGGAGGAGGGCAAUGAUGAGAGCAUUUCAACGGGGUGGGUGGUAUUCAGAAAGCUCACAGAGUUUCAAGAGCUUCAUAGGAAGCUACGACAACUCUGCUCGAACGUUAAAACUCUCGAGUUGCCCUCGCAACCGCUCAAGUUCUUCGGUAAAACUGAUAAGAAUUCACUGGAUAAAGCCAAGAAUCAGACCCAGAAGUAUUUGAAUUUUGUUCUUGAGGACGAACGGCUUAAUCAGAGUGAAGCGCUUUAUGCUUUCUUGAGCCCCAGCUCGGAGCAUCUGAAGCACACGGCGCCUUCUCCCAAAAAAUCGAGGUUUUCGUUGUCAACUUUGUUCAAGAGUAAUUCUGGGGGGAGUGGGGACUCGCGCGAUAAGGAGGACGAGGAGGAUUAUUCCCUUUUGCUGGAUGAUAAUGAGGCCGGGAGAUCUACUGCUGAUGCUAUAUUGGGACCUGGUAAGGACGCCAUUGCUGAGCCACUCUACGCUCUUCUCGGGGAAGUCUUCGAUCUCAGGGGGGUCUUCAGGUGGCUCAGGAGAUCAUUGAUCACUUUCGUGCAGAUCACGUAUGGGAGGACUAUCAAUAGGCAAGUGAGGGAGACUGUUGGGUGGCUGUUCUCGGAACCGAUGCUGCAUUAUUACAUUCAACUGUUCACAAAGUCCUGGUGGCCCAAUGGGCAGCUCGCUCCUAGCCCCGCGGCGAGGACUGAUGAAGAGAAGUUGAGGACCAGGGGGGAAGCUAGGAGACAAUUCCUCAGUAAUCUACCGGAAGUACUGGCUAGUCUUGUUGGGGCUCAGAGCGCGCAGAGGGGAGCCACGAAGGUCUUUGAUACUCUUCAGAAUGUUAAUCUGAAUAAGCAGCUAUUUUAUGACAUUUUCGAAGUGCUCAUGUACGAAAUCUUUCCUGAACUCCAACAUAAAUGAGAUUAUUCACAACUCAAAGGACCCCAAAGUCUACAGGGAUAAAUGUACUAAGUUAUAAUGUGAAUAAGAGCAUUCUGACGCUCCAAACGUAACAUUCCUCAUGCUAAUGCCAUAAUUUAUUCACGUAUUUCUGGAAGCCAAUCCCCACAGUAUUACGAUCCUCUACGGACCAAAUUUAACUACAAAUUCCAAUGAAUGAAUGCAGAAUGUGCUUUACAAAUACCAAAGACGGGUAACUAAAAUUUUAAUGAAUGAGAUUAUCAUUCAAAGAGUCGAUAUCCCUCUCGAAGCGAGAGCAUAGGAACUGCAAAGCUUUACAAAAUAUCUAAAUGAUAUAUAUUUUUAUUCACUUAAUUCUGUGUCACAAGACAAAACAAUGUUUUUCAUUCACAUUCGGCCAAAUGAAAACGAAACUCUGUGUUCUAUUUCUGGUACUAAGUAAUGUUUAUUUAGUGUCAUGAUGUGCUAUGAUAUGUUCACCAUUCAUAAUUAUAAGUAUGUACUAAUUCCAACUGAUUGUGAGUUAGAUGUUCAAUAAAGGUGAUGUAAAUAAU